AUGUCCACAUCCAGGCCUCAAUAUACUUGCAACUCAUGCUCUCUAGCAUUUUCACGGCCUGAAGAUCAGCGGUCUCACAUGAAAACUGACUGGCAUAGAUAUAAUCUCAAAAGACGAGUCUCACAGUUGCCUCCCAUUACUGAGGAGCUUUUUAAUGAGAAAGUAGGAAACAUAACAAUAACUAGCGAAGGAAAUGACAUACGAGAGGGCCUCUCAGGGGUUGAUGCCAAACAAAUGACAAAAAAGGAACAAAGGAGAUUGGAAAAGGAGGCUUUGUUAGAAAAGAAAAAACAGCUUUUGGAGAUUGCGAAACGACGAAUGAUAUCAUCCAACGACCAGGUACCAGUACAUGAUGAUAUCAAGGCAGAAAGGGCUGAAGUAGAAAGCUUGCCUAAUGACGGAAAGGGAAAGCCGAUGUUAUUCGAUAAUACUCAAGAUCAAGCUAACGACGUAUAUGAUGAAGAUUGGAAGACCGAACAGCUCAUUGACCAGAAGAUCAAAAACAAAGUGGAAAUACCUUCGGACACAUGUAUGUUUUGUGGCUACGUGUCUCUCGAUCUAGAUGGCAAUAUAGAUCACAUGUUUAAAAGUCAUGGGCUGUAUAUUCCAGAAAUGAGUUAUCUGGUUGACAAGGCUGGAUUGAUAUCUUACCUAUCUGAAAAGAUUGGCUUGGGGAAUAUGUGCUUAUCUUGCAAUUUCCAGGGUAGAAAUAUCGAGAGUGUGAGACAACAUAUGCGUGCAAAAGGACAUUGCAAGAUCCCCUAUGAAACUUUGGAUGAAAAGAUGGAAAUUUCAGAGUUUUAUAAUUUUGAAUCCAGUUAUUUCAGGAACACAGAGGCUGGUGCUACAGACACCGAUGAAGAGUGGGAAGAUUUAUCAGAUGAUGGAGCUGGUGAGGGUUCAGAGGAUGAAGUAUCCACGGAUGAUUUAUACACUAACGGAUACGAACUUUACCUUCCGAGUGGUCAUGUGGCUGGUCAUAGAUCUCUAAUGAGAUACUACAAGCAAAAUUUGAAGCCCGAUAGGGAACUUACUGAAGGCCAGGGAACAUUAAUUGCGGCGGAAACCAGACACUUUGUCCAACCUUUUGAUCGCAAGGAGCUCCAAGCCAAGAAGAGAGUUUGGGCUAGGCAAGAAAAAUUAAAGGACAUCAAUGACAGAAGAUCAGCAAAGUUUAUUAAUCACCAAGCUCACUACAGAGAUCAAUUGUUACAAUGA